UCAAUCAAGAACUGGACAUGAUCAAGCAACCUCUGGGCUCUUCUUUAACAGCUAGUCCAUUUUCCGUUGACAGUUCCGUCGGGCCAAACACAGCACAAUCGUCUGUUUGGAAUCUCAGAAAAUAUGAGCGAAAGUGCAGGAAAGGGGCAAAGGAAACUCCGAGCGCCAUGACGUCGUCGGAGUUCAUGGAUAAGCAGAUCAUGGAACUUUCUCGGUCCCACUCCGACGAUUUAUCUCAACUUUCUUACCCUCGUGACCUCCGAGACGAUGAGGACAAGGACGACGACUCAGUUUCCAGCUUUCACUUCCGCCCCACGCGACAUGUCGUCUCGCAGCAGUCACGCGUUUCCACUUUCGAGAAUUGCAGUUCUAUGGACCACAUUGACCUUGCAAAAUCGGGUCGCAAGUAUGCCGGGGCUUUUGAUGACUCGGCAUUGAUCUCGGUGAUUGGUCAGAAGAUGAGCCAUCAUUUUGACAAUAUGCUGCAUGCGGUGGAGGGUCUCAGUGCGCGACUUUCCCAACUGGAGACUCGCUUACGCCGACUAGAGAACUCAGUUGACGACUUGAAGGAUUCUACUGAAAUUAACCAUGGCAGGAAUGAUGGGAAACUUAGACAACUUGAGAAUAUUCUAAGAGAGGUCGAAGGUGGUAUGCAGGACUUGAAAGAUAAACAAGAGAUAUCAGAGGCUAAGCUGCAGCUUGCAACUCUUCAAAUGUUAAAGGGUCACCAGCAAUUGGAAAACCAAAGGAGCAAUGUACAAACAAUUUCAACUCAGGGAGUAUUGUCAUCUGCCCCUCAACAAAGCCACCAACCACAUUCAACUCCUGUUGCUGGUCUACAACUUUCUUCUUUUCCUCCUAAUGUUCCCCCAAUCCAACCUCAUCAGAAUUUGCCACCAGCACCUGCAGCACAAGUUCAUACCCACUCACCUCAGAAUCAAAUCCCUUCUGUUCAACAGACAGAUUCUAACUACUCGCCACCUGUGUUGAAUCCACAACCCGCACCUCAGAUAUACUAUAUGCCUCAAGUUCAGCAGUCACUACCACCACCCAUAGCACCAUAUCAAUAUUAUCCACCAGCACCACAUCUUUCACCAACCUCACAAUUACAACGGCUACCUCAAUUGCACCCGCCUCUCAAUGCAGUUGAUCCACGAGCCCAGUCUUCAUUGGUUCAUAAUCCUGGAGAAACCCCCUACAUGUUAUCACAAAGAUAUCCUCCAAGCAUGCACAAAUCCCCUAAUGCAACUGGCAUGACUCGCCCAACCCAACAACAGUACAUGGGUUCUUUCCAGUAUACGCAUGAUCAAUCCACAAGAAAUCAUUGUUGUAGCAGUGUUACGUAGAUCUAAUAAUAUUUUGGCUUUCAUCCAUAUGAAAAGAGGUCAGAGCCAAAAGGAUUGGAGUUGGAUUAGAACCCCACGUCCGGUCAUGGAUGCUAUAUCUUACAAAAACCAAAUCUACCUAGUUGGAUAUCAGGGAGAUAUUAUGUCAUUAGAUGUUGAUGACCAAGCUUGUUCACGAAUACGAAUAAAGCCACUUACACCUCUGGUCGAGAC